GGAAGAAUUUUAGCUGCAGGGAACAAACUCUUUCCCAGGUAAUUUCUUGUAAAAAGUUGUUGCAGGAGAACUGAUCCUGGAGUGUGUAAGCAGGAAUGAAGCGUCUGAUGCGCAGAAGGAAAAGCCUCAGGGGUCGGGUUCUUAUUGGCUCGGGACAAACUUCAGGACCAUCUGAUUGGCCCCACACUGGGUUCCUGGGGUGUGAUGGACAAUAGAAGGAGAGAGAAGGUUUACAGGUUUGCACACAGGACAGGAGAAGAGAGGAGAGGAGGUUUGGAGAGGAGGUUUAAAGAAGAGCGCGCUUUUACGCACAGUGCUCCAUCAGGUUUCUCCUGCGCAUUGAGGAGUUGGUGGAGGUUUGUCUGAUUCUGUAGAUGGAGUCAGAACUCGUGUAGUCGAUUCAAAGCGGUUCCACAACCUGACAUCAUCAGUAAACCCGGAGUCGGAGGAAGAUGCUCCUGGCUGAGCUCCUGACCGUGUGGACUCUGCUCAGGCUCGGUUUGGGUUGCCUGCUCCCCUCAGAGUGGCGACCCCUGAGUGAGGGAUGUCGCGCAGAGCUCGCUGAGAUCAUCGUGUACGCCAAGGUGCUGGCUCUUUACCGGGAGACGUACUACCCGCCGAGCGCGCGUUACACCGCCGGCCACCCGUACGAGCACGAGCGCGCAGGCGCGGAGAGCGCGGAGACGCUGCUGCUCUACACGGCGGAGGUGGAGAUGUUGUGUGAUCAGGCGUGGGGCAGCAUGCUGGAGGUGCCCGCGGGCUCGCGCCUCAACAUCACCGGCCUCGGAUACCUGUCCUGCCAGUCACACACGGUGAUGGAGAACUACUCCUACAUCUUCUUCCUCAGGAUGGAUGAAAAUUAUAACCUCCUUCCCCACGGUGUUAACUACCAGGACGCCAUCUUCCCCGACACCCAGGAGAACCGACGUAUGUUCUCCAGCCUGUUCCAGUUCUCCAACUGCUCCAGCACACACUUGCUCCACAGCUUCAGUCCUGACUGGGAGCACCAGGAGGAUCACAGGUUGCUGUGCUCGUCCGUGCAGCAGGUGCUGUUUGAGGAGGAGGAGCGUGCAGGACGUCUGCAGGAGCGCGUCUCUGAGCUGGAGAAGAAGAACCAGAAGCUGAAAGAUCGUGUCGGGAAGCUGAAGCGCUCACUGCGCAAAGAGCGUAAAACGAGCCGGCGUUACGAACGUGAGCUACAGGAUCUCCAACAGCGCAUGAGCACCAACAAGAAGAACUCUGAACAGCAUCUCAACUCCAUCACUCCCUCACAUCGGCUGUCAAGCCACAGAUACACACACACACUGUGAACACAUACGGACUUGACACUGCUGGACAGUAUCUUCUUUUCACAUAAAACAGAGAGAAUGCAAAAGUUUGCACACCCUUAGGAUGGGACUUUAAGUAUCAUAAAUAUUCAUUCAGCUUCAGUAAGUGCUUUAUCCUGGUCAGGGUUGUGGUGGAUCUGGAGCCUUUAGGAACCUCAGGAACACUGGAUGUGAGAUGGGAAUACACCUUGGACGUGACGUCAGUUGAUUGCAGUGCAUCAAGACAACGGAACUCUUCGCUUGAACAGAUUCUUUAAACAAAACUUAUAUGGACCGUGCCGCCUGGAGAGGGCUUUGUAACUGACAGUUGUAACUCUACCAGGAGUUGGAUAGGACUGGAAAGGAUUGGAUAGAUUAUUGGUGGAUAACUGGCAAAACUUACACCCAUUUUUAAAAUCAUUUCAGCAUUUAUUGUUGAUAAAUUGUAAGCAUUUUUCCAUCCAAAAACUGGGGAAUGCAAACUUUUGCUCUCAGUUGCUCUCUACAUAUCAUUUCUCUCACCUUGCCUUUCCUCCAUAAGCUCUCUUAUUUUUCCUGCUCUCUUUUUU